UCGGGCGUGAGCUUGGCCAAGUACGGCUUCCUCAAGGCGCGCGCGUCUGGCCCCAAGCUCGGCGAACAGAUCUACAUCCCGCAGCACCCGCGGCAAGCCGCGCCGCAUCGGGGCACGAUCGAGUCGCUCAACAUCAACAGCUGCGUCGCCAACGAAGUCGGCUACAUGGUCGACACCGAGGGCGGGUCGUCCGGGUCGCCGGUCAUCAGUCCCAAGGACCACGCGGUCAUUGCACUCCACAACUGUGGCGGCUGCCUCAACGGCGGCGUCAAGAUCAGUGAUGUCGUCAAGGAUCUCCAAGCCGCCGGCAAGCUCCCGGCCCAGUCCACCAUCUAA